AUCUAAAUGUGAGAGAGAGGGGACUUUGUAUAGCGUGGGGGAGGCGAGAGGGUUGGUAAAAGCGAGGAAACAUGGCGAGGAGCCUCUCCUACAUCACGCCCUCGCAGCUCAUCUCCAUCACCCGCAACCCCAAGAUCGCCAUCAUCGAUGUCAGAUGUGCUGUGCCAACAAAGGGAUGAGGAGAGGAGCUACGAUGCGCACAUCGCGGGGUCGCUCCACUUCCCCAGCGACACCUUCUCCGAGAGGCUCCCCGAUCUCCUCCGAUCCGUGCGGGGCAGGGACACCCUCGUCUUCCACUGCGCCCUCAGCAAGGUCCGGGGACCAUCAUGUGCGCGAUUGUUUUUGGAUUAUUUAUCAGAAACAAAAGAUGCUGGCAUAAAAAAUGUCAUGAUUUUGGAACGCGGAUUCAAUGGAUGGCAGGCUGCUGGCAGACCUGUUUGUCGCUGCACCGACGCUCCCUGCAAAACUCAUGACGUUUGAAAAUCAAAGCAAUAUUCAUAUACAGAUAAUAUUGGUUGAUUGAGUCGCACUAUUGUCUAUCGCUAGCCCAUAAUCUCUCCUUGUGGGGAUGCACUAUCUGUUAUUGUGAUUGCUACAUACGGAAGAUUUUCCAGCUCUCAAUUUGCCUGAGAUUUCUUUUUUGUAGCUUGAAGUCUACUUGUAUCGUUUAUAAAUGUCAUCGUUCUCUUAUCGUUUGCUCAAAGCUUUUAGCUCAGUUAGAAGCAGGCUGUUUGGUUUUCA